GAAGAUGAGCUAUGGAGUCCUUUGCUCCCUAACCACAGCAUAGACCUUAUGUUAAGUACCCAGACGAUAAAAAUAUUAUGACAGGUACUUAAGCAAAAGAAUUUGUUUUUAGGAUGUCCUUAUGCAUCUGGCCCACAGGUCAGACCUCCUGACUGAGCUCUGGACGUGCCCAUGGACAUUCAGCCAUGUGUGCUUUCAAAUCAAACAGAGAUCCUGCCUCCUUACAAGCUGCACAAAUGCGGACAUUGACUUCUACAAGAGCAAAUUCAAGCAUUAUAAAUAUAGAUGUCUUGUUCCACUUUUAAUGUCUUUAACUCAGUUUUGUUUCUCCUUAUUUGUGGAGACUUGCUAUUGAACAUGGCAAACGGAGCAAGCAUCUGCACAAUAUUGUCCUUCGCUGAAUAAAUACACACUCAAGAAGCGCUUCCCUAGAUAUUCCGCACGCCCGUUGUAACUUUAAUUUACAGACACAUGUAAGCAAACAGAAAAAUGAACAAACAUAUGUUCAUUAGAAUGCCUUAAAAUGAAUCGCAUCUCCCUCCAUGCAUUGGCUCCUGAUAUACAAGGUCUGCUUACAGAGGCUCAGGGAGCAGUACCUGCAACCAGCAUUUGCAAAUAACUCCACAAAGUGCUCGGGCUCAUGCACGUGCCUCAACAAUUUGCCAACAGAAAUGUUUCAAAUGAAUCAGUAUUCUCAAUAUCAGGUCCUGGUACCAAAUGUGCAGUGCGACUGGGCCUCACAGGCAACUGUUGUGACGCUCAAAGAUUCCAGUAAAAUUGCAGUUGGUUGCAAUCCAACCUUUAUACUGUUAUCUGUAGUUGAGAUAUAUAUAGACGACCCUGUGUGGCCUAGCUGCAAAUAUCAAAUGUAUUUUUACAAGUUAGCAACAGCCUUUUUUGACAUUGCCUCUUGAGAUGUCCUCUACAUUGUGAGUGACAAGCACAACUAUAAUUCAUUAUGCAGUAUGCUUUAUAGGCCUUUUUUUACGUUUGGCUUGUAUUGUCACUUGUUUCUAAGCUGUCUGCUAGCGCUGAGAUUUGCUGUCUGCAGCCUUUUCCAUUUUUUUUCCUAGUUUUUAAUUGCUGGUUCUACAUGCCAGUGGCAUCUCCCAGGCAAGCAAUUUCUAAAUAAUUAGUUUUGAAACUUGGAUGAGUCAUUUGGGCUCUAGCUAUUAUGCAUCUAUUCUUUUAACUUGAAUACAGUACAUCUCAGAGAUACCGACCUCCUUCUGAAGUUGUGGAAAUUCAUAGCACAGCAUGGUUGCAGGUCUCCAUUUGCUUUCUGGGAGCUUCCAGGGUUUUUUGUUUGUUUGUUUUUCUUUUUUGCCUUUUUUCAUGGUAUAAAAGACACGUCAAAGCACGACAGUGCCAUAAACCAACCUCUCCUAUGGUGCAAAUCGUUUUCUGCUUUACUGGCAGCUCAAUAAAGCAAUGCCAUCAUUAUGAUAAAAGGCACUGAAAAUAUUCAACCUUAACAAUACUUUGUGUAUUUUUCAUUUCCUUUCAGUGCAGGUUGGCAAAUGAAAUCAAAACACAGACAGCCACACAGAGAAUGCUGUUUUUAUGGACCAUCAGUGGUAGCACAGGAGGUCACAGACCGGGAGCCACUGUUUCUGCAAAUUCUAACCAGUCUUUCUGAGACACUGUAUGUGGCCUCACCACAGAUUACAGAAUUGCUGCUGGCAAAGAACACAUACUUUUGUUAGGCCAUUCUCAUUAUUCAUCAAAAAUCUAAAAGAUCCAAUCUACUCUUGUUAAAACGGGUUAAGAUAACAGGCAAAAUGAAGCAGACCCGUAUUUUCCUUCAGCUUGUACGCUUUCAUGGGGAAAUUGUCGCAAGUCUGACAUCAGUACAGGACAUAUCAAUUAUUGGUUUCUGUGAUGAUUCUGACCUAUAUUAAGGACAUGACCUCGUAAUCCCUAGCUACAGUCCCUCCUAUACUCCUGUUAUAAACAAAGGGGACUUUGUCUUGCAGAAGACUAUGGGACUGGACUCAAAACAUACGCUGGAGUUUGGAUGCCAAGUCCACGAAAAUGGGGAAGAUACAAGCAGAAGUAUUUCCACAAUAGAAGCAAAGAGGUUGAGUUAAAGAAGCACUGUGCUAUUGUGCGGUAUGACAGCAGUGUUUCCCAAGGAAGAUACCCUUCUUUUUGAAAAAGGGGUAUACAGCAGCUUCACACCUGAACUUCAAGUUGUAACCCCUUGUGUAACGUUAUUGCAUGCUUGUUACUUGUUCUGUCAGACAAAAUCAAAAUGCAUCUGUUUAAAAUCUGCACAUAGUUUAAAAAAUUUUCGCUUUCUAUGAAGAGUAAGUUAAAUCUACAGUUGGUUGUUUGUGGUGUGAGAAGGAUAUUACCUGGGUUGCUGUGAAAAGACACUGCUUUGGAAAAUAACUCAUAAUUCUUCUCUUUGAAACCCCCUGACGGUAAUGGAUGAGGACUUCAAAGCACCCAGCUGUAGCCCAAACUGACCGGCAUAGGGAAAAGGAGGGAAUCACAUGAAAGUGUCAAUAUCCAGUGCUCGUAGGUCCUGAACUCAUAUUCAGCACUACCUUAUUCUGCACCUAAUUUUAGGAUGGUAAAUUUGUCAGAGUGCUCUAAUUGAGGAGCAGAAGACACCAGUUCCAUGUAAUUCUUUAAAAGACCCAGAACAAGAUCUCAUGCAUCACUUACCCUCUUUACGUGCACAGAACUCCCACCGCGCUUGGCAGUGGCCUAUAGAAAGUCUGGCAUCUGACCUUGACUCUGGAGGGCUGAUUUUGGGGUGAUUUACUGGGGAAGAUAAAGGGCCCCCUAGCAACCCCCUGAAUGUGACAGAUGCUCCUGACGUGCCGGGGAAGAGCUGUGCCAUUAUGCAGUGCCUUUCUUCCUCCCCGCCCCCACUUUAAACUCAUCUGACCCCUUUCUGGUUCAAUUCUUUUACAUAUCCCUGUAUUUUAUUGUAGGAUCCGAGCGGCUACACCAACCACUCAAGCUUCACUGUCCGCCUAAUUAAAGUCUCUCCGUCAACUGGUAAUUCUGUAAUAAUUCACAGCUGGUUUUGCUCUCUAUUAAAUCUGUUAUGUUCCCUGGCUGAAAAAGGCUGCGAGGCCUUAAAAAGUAUUGACAGCUAUUAAUUUGUUUGCAUUUAAAAUCCAGUAUGUGGCUGCAAAGGCCUGUUACAGUAUCACAGAGGAAGAUAAAUGUCAGUGCAUAAUCUGCUAGGAAAUUUCACACAGGAAUUGAUUAAAAGUCUAUCAGCAAUCAUUGCACGAGUGUGUCUUCAGGUGUAUAUAUAUAUAUACAUAUAUAUAUGUGGCUAAGAAAUAAAUAGCUCUCUAUAUAAAUAUAUAUAUAUAUGUAUACACGCAGCUAGUUUAAACCUAAUUGUUACGAACUAGUAAGUGGCAUUCACAGUUCAUGCAUUCUUCCUAGUAGCAGAGCUUAAUUAUUUCAGCUUAUACUUGAAGCAGCAACAUACCAGUAAGCGUUUGCUUGCUUCCCCUGGUAACCUAGUAGUUUAAAGAGUACGAGCAGUUUCACCACCGCCGUUUUCUCUGGAAACCUUCUUCCACAGGUGCCUUUCCCCCAGAUUCACAGCAUCUUCAGGACACGGCUGGGCCAGUCUGAGGGUCGCCAGUGUGAAGGUCACCAGCUCAACCAUCUCCAGCCCGAGGGCUGAUGGUACGGUGUCCGCCGGCACGGUCAAUCCUGCUUGCAGAGGUCUGCGACAUUGAGGAACCUCCUGACCACCACAGCCAGGCAGACCGUCAGCAGCAGCAUGUACCCCACGGUGCCCAGGUAGGUGGGAGCGGCUGGGGCUGCCUUGAGGAACUCGGCCAGCCCGUCUUCCACGUAGUGCACCUGGUCGUAGAUGCUGAGGAAGGUGAAGAUGUGGAAGAGCUGGUGGCUGUGCCCCACGAUGUCGAACAGCCCUGGCUGGAUCCGCUCGGGGAUUUUGCUGACAUUGAAGAAGGCGGCCACCAGCAGCCAGAAGUAGCGGCGGUAGAAGUAGACGAAAAGCGUGGGGUUGCGCGUGCGGAGGUCGAAGAUGAGGCUCUCCAACAUGAUGGGGCAGGCCAUGCUCAGCGGCAUGGCGAAGACGAAGGUGCGCACAGCGAAGGGGUAGGCGCAGCAGGCGGCGCGGCUGCGGCAGCAGGCGGCCGUGCAGCCCACGGCCAGCGCCAGGGCCACGGGCAGCACCAGGGCUCGGUAGGCCGCGAUGGGCAGGCUGCAGUCCAGCUGCCAGCCCAGCUGCUGCUGCACGUAGCGGCUCAGGACGCCGGCAUCCAGCAGGCUCAGCCCCGGCAGCAGGUAGUAGGAGUAGGCCACGGUGCUGGCGAAGCCGUAGUAGCUGAUGGAGGCGUAGUCCAGGUAGAAGAAGGCGGCGCGGAGGCGCGGGGAGAGGCAGCUGAAGAGAUGGGCCGUGCAGCUCAUGGCGAAGGUGAGCAGCACCCCCGAGGCAUAGCACCAGAGGGGCAGCAGGGCCGGGUGGUGGAAGGGCACGUCCCCGGCCCCCCGCAGCAGCAGCAGCCGGCCGAAGCGGCUGAGGAAGAGCAGCAGAGGGAUGAAGUGGGUCCAGAAGUUGAGCGUCUCGUUGGUGGGCUGCAGCACGGAGGCCAGGCACUCCUGCGCCGAGCAGUGCAGCCGUCGGUAGCCCGAGAGGAUGAAGCACUCCACGAAGUCCUCGGGCACCUCGUCCCAGCGCAGCAGGGCGGCGGGGCGGGCGGGCGGCGCCGCCUCCUCCUUGUCCCCCUCGCCCCCCGGCAUGCUGCCCCCGCCGGCCCCCGGACCCCCGGCAGCCCCCGGCCCGCCGUCCGCCGCACGCCGCCGCCGCCGCCGCCGCCGCCGCCCGGGCGAGGUGGAGCCGCCGCUCCCGCAGCCGCCGGCGGAGGAGCCGCGGUGGCUCUGCGCUUUUCCUCCUCCGCCGCCGCCCCCGGCAGCAUCACUCAUUGCAGCACGGGCAGCGGCGGCACCGCCGCGCCUCCUCCCGCCCCGCCGCCCGGCAUCGCGGUAACUGGAAACCGGCGGCGCGUCCAGCGCGCCCGGGGGGCCGGGAGAGACGCCCCCGCCGCCCCGGCACACAGUGGAUCAUGAUGCUCUUAAUUUGGUGCAGUUUAUUAAUUACAAAGGAGCACAGAAGCUGAGCGGUAAGCAGAGGAUUUCUACAAUGAGGUGGAUAAUUAAAAAGGAUUAAUGAGGUGGAUUAAAUAAAGGGAUUGAGGCCAAAUGGAGCACAAAUUUGUGAAACAUUAGUGGCCCCAAAGUCCUGGCAUCCAAGGGCACGUUCCUUUUUUCCAGUCUGAUGUUUGCUUUUACUCAGAAGCAUCAGUCUUUCUUUCAAACCAGGUUUAUCAGCACGUUCCCAGGAGAGCUGAGCAGAUUUUGUCUCUCCUCCUGUGGCCCAAAGUGCUCCUUCUCUCCAGUAUGAGUUCCCAUCUGGUUUGCUUUCAGCUCAGUGCUGCACCUGUUUCCACUACCACAUUAAAGACAAAACUCAAAGGAUGUAAUGGAUGACACUAAUCCUGUGCUUCCUCAAUCUGCUGAAGUGGUUCUUAAUAACCUCUUUCUCUUUAAGAAAGAUGGAGGGAAAGGACUUUGCUGGGAUUCUGAAACAACAGAAGCCUGCUUAAUCCACCCCUAAAGCUUCUUGGCUAACAGCAUUCCUUCCUGCGGAAAGGCUUCUUUAUGGACAAGUUUGGAGCACAACAAAACCUAGAAGGACUGAUGCAAUUGCCCCCACAUUCUGCUGUCAACAGCUGGGUUUUCCUCCUCCCUCCUGCUCCCGAACCAGCAGUGAUUCCACUUCAGAUCUGAGCAGAGCUCAGGGAGGCUCAGCAGGCGGUGGAGGCGGUUGCAGAAAUGGAGAGGGAUCCACCGGGGUGGGAGGCGGCAGGGAGGUGGUACGGCACUGUGGGAGUGGCGGGUAAACACUCAUUGUGAUAUUUAAAUCAAGUUCCCUUCUGAAGGGAGCUCAUUAAACAUCUGAUAUCUCGUGAU